CGUUCCUUUGCCGCUCCUGUUGUGUGAGUAGAUUUUAGAAACAUCGAAUUGGCUGCAAUGUUGUCUAAUAUCCUUUCACUUUGCCUGCUGUUUCUGAUCGUCCUCUUUCACUUAUACAAAAAAUUUGUUACGCUCAGUAAAUACCGCCACCUGCCAGGACCGAAAGGACUCCCUUGGUUUGGCCCACUCAAAGAGCUGCCUUCCCUCGGCUUUUGGUUCAAGUUCAAAGAAUGGGCUGAUAAAUAUGGGUCACUCUUUGGAACCACAAUCAUGGGCGAGCUACACAUUUUUGUGGCUUCAGAAGAUGUUGCAAACGAGCUUUUUGGGAAACGAGGAUCCAAGUACUCUGGUCGGCCUAAAGUCCCAAGUGUGCAUGAUUCUCAAGGCAAUCUCGGUACCGCAGAGUACAUGCCUCUUAUGAGUAGAAAUAUCUAUCAUACUAGACAAAAGAAGUUGAAUCACAUGCACCUCGUUGCUACAAAGAACAAGAAUUACUUCAACUACCCUUCUAUCGAAGCGAAAAGGUUCAUCUGGCGGAUGCUCAACGACUCUUCAGACUGGGUCAGUCUAACCGAAGACAUGACUUCUCGAACAAUAUGCCGUCUAACGUGGGGGACCCCUGACUUUGCCGCCAUCUUGAAAGAACACGCCUGGAACUUGUUGAUCGCCAUAUCGCCACUAGGAAAUAGAAGCAAUUUGACCACUCCUCUACUCCUCAUGCCAACUUUUCUCUCACCUUGGAAGAAAUGGGAAGCACAACGUCGCGCAAAGGAGCAAGCUUGGUUCCAACAGAAUUGGGCAGAAGUCCGCGAUAGAAUUGCCAAAGGGACAACAGGACCUUCCUUUCUGCGAAACUAUCUCGAGGACAUCAAAUCUCAGCCAUUCGAUGAGAAAGAAGCUGCUUCCACACUCGGCAUGCUCUCUAUUACAGGGGUCUUUACGAUCAGCUCUCCAAUGCAAAGAUUCGUCCGAGCAGCUAUUCUAUAUCCAGAAUGGUUCAGAAAGGUUCAAGAGGAAGUCGAUUCAGUCUGUGGCUUAGAACGUAUGCCCGAAGUAGAGGAUGCCCCGCACCUUCCAGUCCUCAGAUCCUUCAUCAAAGAAUGCUUCCGUUGGCGACCACCAAUUCCAACUGGUGUAGUGCACGAGGUGGAAGAAGACGAUGUAUAUGAUGGUUACUUCAUUCCCAAAGGCGCGAAAAUCCACCCCCUCGAAUGGGCAUUCUCUCGCGACCCCGCAAAAUAUCCAUCCCCACACACCUUUAAUCCUGCACGUUACCUAGACCCUUCUUUCACGGCCACGUACCGCGAGCCUCUUUCCCUCUACCCUCAGAUUCAACAAUCAACUGCUUACGGCUGGGGUCGAAGGCUAUGUCAAGGGCCUGAGCUGACACACCACGAGCUAAUCAAUGCUUGUGGAGGAUUGGCGUGGGCCUUCGACAUUCGCGCUGGCGCUUUUCAAAACAGAGACGGCGAAGAAGAAGAAGUCGAUGUUGAGAAACUUAGAACGGGAAAGGUGAAGAAAGAGAAUGGGAGUUUAAUCUUGGGGUUGGACAAAGAUGAAUGUGAAUUCCAGGUUCCGACGAGUAGGCAAGAGAGCUUGAUCAUUGUGAAGCCGGCACCAUUUAAGAUUAGAUGCCAGGUCAGAGAUGGCGGGGAUCGAGCAGGAGUUAUUGAAAGACAGUAUAGGGAGAGUUGUGAGAAGGAUAUUUUGAGAGCCGUGGGAAGCGUGGGGGUCGAGUGAUGUUCAGAGGAAGUUGAACAUCCAUCUGUUUUUUUUUCUCUCUCACUUUGUACGUCUGCCC